GCGCAGAGGACCAGAGAAGGGGAGGGAUGACGUUGAAUAAGCCACACCGAGAGGAGGGGUGCUGAGGCGGGCAACAGUGCCAUGUGUGCACACCAGAGUCACCAACUUCCACAGUGAAAGUUGUAGUCGGUGCGGGCUUUAGGCGAACGCGACUCUGUCGCUUUUACAAGUCCAAAGUCCAGGAAUUGCGCAUUUUAGACGCGCGUUCACCGACUUACCAACACUUUCAAAACCAGACCGUCGCUACAGCACUUUAUAUUGACUUUUGAACAAUUUUGGGAAGAGAUGUCUGCUACGAGAAUGCGUUUCCUCUCCCCCAGAAAUCUGCGCCUGGUACACCGGGCACCACGCGACUUUCUGGGGGCUUGUAGCGGUAGACAGCCCGGUGGUCCCAGCUGCUCCACGUCAUUGACAUCUCCCCAUUCUGUGUCCUCCCAUAUGUGCAGAGCUUUGUCCAGUCUGACCUCAUCUCGUCGCGGCCUCCCCAAAGAGAAAAUGUCCGAGAAUGGGAUAUCCCGGCCCAAGGUGCUCACCCUGGACACCAUGAACCCCACGGUGAAGAUGGUGGAGUACGCGGUGAGGGGACCCAUCGUGCAGCGCGCCGUGGAGCUGGAGAGAGAGCUGUCUGAGGGUAUAGAGAAGCCAUUUGCCGAAGUCAUCAAGGCUAACAUUGGUGAUGCACAUGCUAUGGGCCAGCAGCCAAUCACCUUCUUCAGACAGGUUUUAGCUCUUUGCUCAUACCCUGAACUCCUCAACGACAACACAUUCCCUGAGGAUGCAAAGAACCGAGCCCGGCGCAUCCUGCAGUCCUGUGGCGGCUCCAGUUUGGGUGCGUACAGUCCCAGUCAGGGCAUAGACUCAGUGCGACAGGACGUGGCAAACUACAUCGAGCGACGAGACGGAGGCGUGCCCUGUGACCCCGAGAACAUUUACCUCACCACAGGAGCAAGUGACGGCAUUGUGACCAUGUUGAAGCUGCUGGUGUGUGGCCAGGGCAUAGACCGCACCGGAGUGAUGAUCUCCAUACCGCAGUACCCGCUGUACUCGGCCGCCCUGGCAGAGCUGGGUGCAGUGCAGAUCAACUAUUAUCUGGACGAGGAGAACUGCUGGAGCAUGGACAUCAACGAGCUGCAGAGGGCUGUGAACGAAGCCCGACAGCACUGCCACCCUCGCGCCCUCUGCAUCAUCAACCCCGGAAACCCCACCGGUCAGGUUCAGAGCAGACAGUGUAUAGAGGAUGUCAUUCGAUUUGCUGCUAAGGAGCGUCUCUUCCUGAUGGCAGAUGAGGUGUACCAGGAUAAUGUGUAUGCAGAGGGCUGUCAAUUUCACUCAUUUAAGAAGGUUCUGUUUGAGAUGGGCCCGGAGUAUUCAGAAACUGUUGAACUGGCCUCAUUCCACUCCACCUCCAAGUGUUACAUGGGAGAGUGUGGUUUCCGUGGCGGCUACAUGGAGGUGAUAAACAUGGACGAUGACGUGAAGUUCCAGCUGACCAAACUGGUGUCUGUGCGCCUCUGUGCUCCGGUCCCAGGACAAGCCCUCAUGGACCUCGUGGUCAACCCUCCUCAGCCCGGAGAGCCCUCCUACAACAGCUUUAUCAAGGAGCGCACAGCUACAUUAAGUGCCUUAGCGGAGAAGGCCAAACUCACUGAACAGAUUUUGAACACUGUACCAGGAAUCAGAUGUAAUCCAGUCCAAGGAGCCAUGUACUCGUUCCCGCGCAUCACCAUCCCCCAGAAGGCCAUUCAAGAGGCCCUGGAGAAAGGCCAGCAGCCCGACAUGUUUUACUGUAUGAAGAUGCUGGAGGAGACUGGGAUCUGCCUCGUACCAGGAAGUGGCUUUGGGCAGAGGGAGGGCACAUAUCAUUUCAGAAUGACCAUCCUGCCGCCAAUAGACAAGCUGAAGAUUCUGCUCAACAAAGUGAAGGAGUUCCACCAGAAAUUCACGCAGCAGUACUCCUAAAUCCCAAAUCCUCUCCUCCUCUUCCUCCUCUUCUUUAUUAAAACCACCAUCACAGGACACAGGAACAGACAGACCUCGCCUCAUAUCAGCCACGUGUCACUAAACUCAAAGUGCCUUCAUCUGGCCCUGGUGUCGACACACUGCAGCCUGUGCUGUUCAAAUUAUGGAACAAGACUUUUACACUAUUUACAGGAAAACAAUAUUGUCCUAGACACAAGAACUGAGAAAGUAUUGAUAAAAAGGCUAAACCGACUGUAUUUCUCCUGUUUGCUGUCCUGAUGAUCUGAAAGAUGCAUGUGCUGUGGUAACUGUAAGUAUAAAAGAUAUGUGUCCAUGUAAAUGUGAAGUAUUAAAAAGCUACGAAAAGAAACUAAAAUGAAGCUUCCUCAUUAAAGGUGGACUCCGUAACACUUCUGGUGGAUGGUACGCCACCUAUUUGUCUCCAUGGAGAUGUUAUUGAUUUGCCCUAAUUAAAUACAAAUAUUUUUAGAAAAAAUAAAAAAGCAUGUAUUGUUGAGAGCGGGCUUACCUCUCCACAGAUCUGACCUAGGCCUGGUGGUGUCACCCACUUGUUUCUCAGGUCUAUAAACUUGACUCCAUAGAGACAAGUAGUGGACACUCCACCACAAAAGUUACAUAGUGCACCUUUAAGUACACCAGUUUUUGAGGGGUGAUAAAUAUACUGGCGCUCUUUUCAUUUGACAUCAACUUGCACUUGUGUAAGACUAGACCUCAGAUAGAUUUUUGGACUUGAACUUGGACUUUUUACAUUGAAUCUUAAACACUUCUCAGUGUUGUAGUUCACUGAUGGUAGUUAAUCUAUUAUAAGUUGAAUGUUGAGUUAAUUUUGGCAAAAUAGGGAUUGGCAAUUGUAUGUUGCAUCAUGGUAUAGAUUCAGAUUUAGUGAGUUUUCCUACUUAUAUUGAUCAACCUUAAUCAUGGUCCAAAUGAGUAACUGGAUUAACCAAUUACAAUGACUUUGAUUGCUUAGUUACCUCUUAAAGCCAGGAUGAAUUUUCCAUAUUGUGAUCUUGACAAUUUCCUUUAGUCAGAUAUCAGCCAUACCAACAUAUCCGACUAUGUUGGAGAUUUAAUGCUGAUAACUGAUAAGAUAGUCAAAAUAUCAGCCAAGCAAUCUUUUUUUUGCCCACACCUCAAAACGGUCUUGUAUGUAACUACACGCCCCACAUAUAUGAUCCUAAACUCCAGAAAACUGUACCUGGACUUCACUUGAAUGAAUUCACAUUAAUAUGCAUCCUUGUAAGGCUCCAUGACUUAAAAUAGGCUAUUGAUUGACUUGAUACAGACCUGAUUUAGUUUGGAUGCCGAAAAAAUAUUCAGCUCAGACUAUGUCAGAAACUUGUAUUAGAAAACUGCUGACUUGCAAAGUAUUAAGCUCAAAAAAUGCAUUGAUUUGCAUGGUUGAAAAAUGAUUUUGUAGAAAUAAAAUGUAACAUAUUUUUUUAUUUUAUAGUUAUUGAAGUUGGAUACAUUUGUUUUGAUCUUUUGAGCUUUUUCUCCUUUUGUAAAUGUGUCCUUUGCCUUACAGAUAGGCCAGAAUGAAUUUAUUUUAAUAUUUUAAUCUGGGGAAAUGAAGGAUGUAAAACUUUUUGAUUACAAUUAUAACAAGACAGCCAGUGCCAAAAUGAAAUAGAAACAUGCAAUUAUUAAUGAUCACAUAUCUAUAUUCUUUAUGAAGAAUAGAUUUAAUUUGUUUUGCGAUGUAAGCUGACAUUUUAGUUCCUUUAUUGCCAAUAGUCAUGCUCAGGUUAAGUCAUGUUCAGAUCCAGCCACAUUUUUGUUGUAUGACUUUGUGUAGCAAAUAAUAUACUUUAUUGUAUUCACUUUUUGCUAAUACUCAUUUCAGCUGCCAUUAACAAUUUUCUGUAAUAAAUGGUUACAUGAACCUAA